AUGGCGGCGGCGGUAAUGUGUCCCGGCACGGUGUGGUCUGAAAUGAGAUCGAUCCCAAGACAGGAGCGGCAGUUUCUACUGCAGCUACAGGCCCUGCUCAAGCAGUUGGAUCCAUCAGCGCGGCGCCGGGUCAUCACCGAGCGGCUCACCCAGGCACAGCGUCUGGCGUUGGAACGCUACAUGCUGACGGCGCAGAAAUGUCGUGCCACCAGGCUGGCUUGCAAUGCUCGGAAGAAGGUGCUCAAAGCGUCCAAUCGGGGACGCGCGCGCAAGCUCCGGUUUGCAAGGCGAGCCUUCAAUGAGGACAAUCCAAGAGAUGCUGCCGGUGAAAGCCGCGAUCUGAGCAGUUCGCAUCCACAGCUCCCUCCGAACGGCCGGAAAGCGUGUGUCCAUUUGGGCCGAGGGUUCUAUGCGCACUGCAAGCUCGACGCAUCUGCACAGGAGGCGUUCUGCAGCUUGGGCGACGUGGCUCUCCAAUUGGCUGGUCAAAGCUUGCGUCAGGGUGAGUUUGAGGCAGCUGUCACUGCAGCAGUUGCGAAGGCUGAGGAAACCGGCGCACACCUGAGGCUGCUCUUUCGGACGCGAAUCACCUUUUCGCGAGCUGCACGGCUAUCGACCCCGCUUCGAGGAAAUCUCGCUGCUGCGCUGGAAGACUGGCAUGCAGUGCGAAGUGCCCGUGGCGAGGCUCGUGCUGAUCGCCUACAACGCCAUGAGAUGGCGGCGGUCUGGAGGCACACGAGUGCGGCAUGGACAACCAUCUGGCAACAAAAGGGCUUCGUCCCGGAUCGCUUGAAGAGGCAGCUUGCUCGGAAAGAGGCAGCCUGCGAGCCCCUUUCACAGCAGCCUUUGGCCGCAGGGCAAGACCCCGGCCGCCAAAGGCCUGCCGUAGAGGAGGCACAACAGCAGAUCGAUAAGUUGCUGGCUUGGCAAGCAAGGCAAAGAGCUGAUCACAACGUCCCAGCUCGGCACAAGACAGCCAGGGGGAACUUUGCGAAACUUGGAAGAUGGCAAUGCCGGCCCGGCUGUCUGUCGCGCAUCCCGAGCGCCCGAAACAUCAGCCCGCAGCAAGGUGUUCCACACUUAGAGCGCAUGUGA